AUGUCCCUCCCUUCGACCCCCAAAGCCACUCCUCCUCCGGCACCCGCCUUCGAGGGUCCUCAGACCCCUGGCAAGUGGAGACAUCCCCAGCUGGAUGAGAUUGUCAAACGCCAGAAUGCGGCAACAUUCGACGAAAAGAACGUGAAGAAGCUCGUCUGGAAUGGGUCGGCUUUGAUCAUGACUUGGAUUUUUGGAAAUGCCCUCAAGUCAUACUCACGCGCAAUCUUCGGCCACAAUCACGUCUAUCAUGAGGUCUCUCUGUUCCUUUUCCAGAUCUUCUUCCUCCUCAAUAUCGGCACAGCGCUAUACCCGCUCUUCCGCGCCAAGGACGACCUCUCUGACAUCCCUCUAACCCCAACACAACGAUUCCUUUUGGGCCUGGAUCCCGCUGCGACCCAGCCCGCCACACCGGGAACAACCUUUGUUACUCCGCCCCGAUACCGUCUCUCCACCUCACGCAAAGCAAGCCCUGCCAGCCGACAGGGCUCCCCCAUGUCUACUUCUGCGAACGCCAGCUUGUCGGAACGCCGCUCUUCCAUCGGUACACCCUUUUCACCUGUCUCGAGUCCCUUGCUGUACAAAGCAGUAUCCAACGGAGGGAAUGGAAACCGGGAAUCGGUUCAACGCCAGAGCUUUGGGUCCCAGAGUUUUGGGUCGACCUUCGGAUCGACCCUGGGAUCGCCCUCGCCUCUUUCCCGCAGCAACUCAUUCGGAGAAUCAACUUUGAGUAUGGGCAGCCUUGGACCAGGCACACCGUCGCCUCUUGCAGGCAAACGUCCAGGCCUGGGUGUGAAGAACAAGUGGUUAUAUGAAAGGAGCCGCCGGUUGUCGGCCAGCGGAGGAGCUAUGUAA